GGAACCAUAACUCAAGACACUUUGACCCAAGACACUUUGACCCAAGACACUAUUCAUGAACAAGAUGAUGAAGCUGUUCCUGUUGACGAUUUGACUAAUGCAAGAGAACAGUUAGUAAGUACCCCCGGAAGUGAUAAAAAAUUAAAAGUAAAUAAAGGUCAAAAAAGAAGAUUAGACGUCAUAACCAAUGCCGUCCACGAGUUAAAGAAUCUAAACGAAACAAUUAAUAGUCCAAAAACAUCUAUUCAGGAUGAUGAGUGUGAUGUCAUGGGAAAACAUAUUGCUAUACAACUACGGGAGUUACCCCCUUACGAUAGGGUAUUGGCAAACUUUGAAUUACAAAAAGUUCUGUUGAACUAUCGGUUGAAAAAUAUGAGAGAGGUGUCACCAUCGACUUCAUAUAGCCGUCCUAGCAGUGUUGCUUCUAAUUUUCAAUUGAACCCAUAUACACCACAAACCCAAACCAGUGAAGAAAGUAGUAGCCGCCCUAGUAGUGUUGCUUCUAAUCUUCAAUUGCACCCAUAUACACCACAAACCCAAACCAGUGAAGAAAAUAGUACGGCAGAUAUCAUACAUGCAGCUUUGGUGAGCUCUGAUAUCAAUAGUGAUUUUUAUUAAUAGUAUUUUGGUUUUUUUUUUUUUUUGGAAAUUAAUACUUACUUUUAUGUAAUUGUUUUUUUAUGAUGUUUAAUAAAUUAUGAAUGUAAUC